CAAUCACGUGGGCAGAAAGUCGUUGCUAAGGAAGUCAGGCUCCAGAAUACCAGGAGUGUAAACAAAUAAUGCUUGUAAAAUGCUGUAUUAGAUGUUUUCUUUAAAAACGGAUCCAAUUUGCGUAUAAAGUUACUACCUAAUGACUGGACUUGGAUCAAAGCACAUCACAUGGCAGAGCUGCAUAUAAUCGGCCAGAUCAUUGGGGCCAGUGGUUUCCCUGAGAACAGCCUGUUCUGCAAGUGGGGAGUUCAUACAGGAGGAGCAUGGAGACUACUCUCUGGUCUAAAGGAGGGACAAACACAAGUGGACGUACCGCAGAUAGGAGAAAUGGCUUAUUGGAGUCAUCCUAUUGAUUUGCAUUACUCUACUAAAGGCCUUCAAGGUUGGCCAAAGCUUCAUUUACAGGUCUGGCAUCAAGACUCUUUUGGCAGAUGUCAACUGUAUGGUUACGGCUACUGCCAUGUGCCGUCAAGCCCUGGACAGCACCGGCUGCAAUGUGUGACAUGGAGGCCAGUGGGCACCUGGCAGGAACAACUGGCCCAGAUGUUUGUUGGUGGAGGGCCACAGCUUCGCUCUCCUGAUCUCAUAUACAGCGGUGCAGACAGAUACAGGCUUCACACAGAGGCCAUGGGCACAAUAGAACUGGAGCUGUGCAUAAUUUUGCGGCAUUUUGAGCGAUAUGGCAUAGAGAGCUGAGACACUCAAGGCUAUCACAUGCAGCCAGUAGCAUCUAAUGAAAUGUAUUUCAGAGGUGUACAAAUCAUAAAAUUUAUUUGCUAGUCCAAAAUGCAAGUAAAUGCUACUUCUGAAAAGAUUAUCUGCCAUCCAUGCACACUACUUAAGUCAACUUGUAAAAACUUUUCACAGACAGCAGAGGACACCUUGCCCAAUGUGUAGUGUAGCAGGUUUAAGAAUGAUUUAUCGUGUGCUAUAGUUACAGCAUAGAGGUGCAUCAGAUUGUUGUGAAGUCCAUUACUUUUAGCCAUAGCUACUGUACAUGUGUCAACAAAUUUGCAUUUUGUAAAAGUCUACAACUUAUUAUAGUCAUUUAAUAGUGAAAACUAAGCAUUUUUUUCCUCCUUUUCUUUUCUGACCAACUAGAAAUAAAAACAUCGCCUGGACAUGAUGGUAUGGGCUUAUAGUGAA